UGUAAACAGUUUAGCUUCAGUUCAGCAGAGUGUACGAGAGAAGUAAAGCGCUGUUUAAAAAGUUGUUUGUUUUAACAUAUUGUGAUUUAUUUAUGUUAUUAAGGUAGAAUAUUAAUGUCAGUUAUUAAGGAGCAUCUUGUGUUUGCGGUAUGAUUUCAACUGAGACGCGGAUAAAUACAACUCACAGAUCAGCCGGAUCUACUUUACAGAGACGCACUGCUAAAGUCCCGGUUAUUAAACAAAUACUCACUGAAACACCUACGCAUACUCAGGCCACUAGACAUCCUGAUCUUCCCCGUGUCAUCCAUCUCCUGCAAGAUCCUGUUUCAUGCUCCCUAAAAGAGAGGAACCUUUUUGCCUUGAAGAAAGUAGUGAAGAGAUGCCAGAAAGGCUAUUUUUUGAAAGAUAUUGCAGACAUCUUUAAGAUUAUAAACAUCUGUGCGGAUAAAUCUAAAGAACAUGCUGAAUAUGCUUCCAUACUGUGUGAUCUCUUACACAUAUGCAGACUUCCUUUUCUGAAGGAGAAGACUUCUGAUGAAGUAAAGCAUGCUAAAGUAGUGACAGACUCGCUGUCUCAGAUGGGUUAUCUGAUGAGGUUACCAAACACCAAAGUCAGAGAGCAAAUCUGUGCUUCCAUUAUAUCACUGUACACUCCUGACAAACCAAAGCACUAUGACGAUGGUGUGUGUCCCACAAGUCUGGCUUACAGACGGGAGCUGAUAGAGCACAGCAGUCUGGCCGAAACUCUUCUGAUGUCACUGGCUGUUCUGGAGAACCAGCUGUCGGUCAAACUGCAAGUCCUUCAGGUCCUACAGAUUCUGUCCCGUUCUUCUGCUGUAAAUUGUAGCCUGAUCCUGAAGGCAGAGGGAGCUCAGAAAAUCUGUUUUCACAUGAACGAGCCGGAUCCGUCAGGACAGAUGCUUUUCCGCUCCACUGAGAUCCUGUGGAACCUGUUAGACAAAGGCUCCAGAGAGGAGGUUACCAACCAGCUCAGCAACAUGGACUGCAUCAUGGUUCUGAAAGAGGCUUUUUUGCAUCACUUACUUAACGGCUAUCGACAUUACGACCGUCAGCUCCGCAACGACCUUCUAGUGAUUACCACCCUGAUCGCAGAAAACCCCAAAGCUUCUCUAGUAGAGAGUGGGUUUGCCAAGCAGCUUGUCAUGUUCGCCACCUAUCCUGAGUUGAGAAGCCAUAACCCACUGAUCAGAAACUUCAAGCUGGCUUUUACAAGUGAAGACUUUGAGAUGAAGAAGCUGUUGCUAAACCUAAUUGUUGUGCUAUCCAGAGAUUUGACUGCUGUGCAGCUGUUUAAAGAAAACCGUGUGAUGCUGGCUCUGAUGCUGCUGAUUCGACCCGGCUCCUCAGAGGGCAGGCGUAGUGGGAAGACCCGGCGCAGUUGGACAUCCAUUCAGCUGGAAGAGCUGCAACUUCAGGCAUUAGCCGCUCUGUCCACAGUGGCACCGCUCAUGCUGGAUGAGUACAUGGCGUGCCAGGCUAACACUUGCCUCCUCGUGCUUCUGGACUGGUGCUUACAGCAAGGAACAGACUCCCAUUGUGGCCAUGGUCAAGGCUUCUACGGUAUUGGAGGCCAAGGUGAAAGGAAGGCACAGAUGAGGUAUUGCAUACGUCUUCUUCGCUGCAUGGCCUCGCUUAGCAACGACCUCAUUAACCAGGACCUCAGCGACCAGGGAGCCAUUAGCCAACUCCUUGGUCUGUUAAAGCGAUUCCAGGAGAGGAAAGAGGAGGAGGAUGCUGUAUCUGUGGAGAUUCAGACAGAUGUGCUGGUCCUCCUGUCCAGCCUCUGUGAUGAGGACAUGAACAAGAAGGAUUUGUUUGGAGCACAGGGUGUGGAGGUGAUGGUUCAUUAUUUAAAAAUGGAUCCGGCUCAGCUGUACAGCGGUCUGGGACAUAACAGACUCUUCCUCUCUGCUGUGGACUGUGUAUGGUCCUGCAUUGUUGGCUCUUACCCAACGGAGGAUCUGUUUUUGGAGAAGGAGGGCAUUUUCCUCUUACUUGACUUUCUCCAGUCGAGCCAAAGGAGCAUGCAGAGUGUGGUGCUGGGGACACUAUCAGAACUGUGCGACAACCCCAAAACGCUGGCACACAUUCAAGCCUGGAGGGGCAACAAAGACCUCACAGCUCCUGCACUACUGCUGCAGCUCUGGAGAAAUGAGGAGGCCAAGAUCGGAGUCAAAAGAGAUCAGCACGGCAAACUUGCUGAUGUGAAGAAUCCCAUCCUCUCGAUGUAUCAGGAACAGGAAGCACUACAGUCUGUACCUGCAAACACACCCAGUCCUGCUGUUUUAGACGUCUCAGAAAACCUGCGUGCCAAAAUUUACACUCUUUUCUGCAGGCUGGGCUUUGAGAAUCUGCCAGGCCUGACUACAGAAGACCAAAUCACAUUGUGCGUAGUGAACAGGUACCUGGAUUUUAAGAUAGGGGAGGUGUGGAAUGAAAUUACGGCUGAGCUGGAACUGGAAGGUGUGAGACCUGUAUCUUUAGAUGCUGAGGCUCUCAGCACUAUUGCCCAGACGAGUGAAAACACCGCCAAGUACGUCUAUCAAAUGCAGCAAAGCAUCAUAAAGCAGAAAGAGCAGGAGGAACUCCAGGAGGAGAAACAGGUCUAUCAAGAGAUGAGCUUAAACCGAAAGCAGCAAGAGCUAACUGUGAAGUCCUGGGAGCAUCAUGUUGCUAGAACAUCAGACUACAAGAUGUUAAAGGAGUUGAAGCAGCUGCAGGAAGGAACUAUAGAGUCAUCACGGCCAAAGGAGAAACCAGAGGGUUUUAUUUUCCACUCCACUCAGAUCCCUGGCCUGCAGACUACUAAUUUCUGUGGCCGAGUCUUGGCGAUUGAGAGCACCCCUGCAGAGCUAACUGGAGGACAUUUGGCGAACACUGACCUAGCCCUAGAGAGGGUACCUAUUCAGGGUGGAGCACUGAGGAAAGUGUCAGCUUCAAACUCAGAGCUGGAUUUUCCUAACACUGUCACAGUCAAAUGAAUACCGUGAGACUGGAUAAACCUUGGAAUGACACAUUUAGCAUUUACUGAUGCAGCAAUAUUCUGCCUUGUGAAAACUUGUGCGCUCGAUAGAUACUCCAGAAAUAUGCAGGCAAAAAUGUCAUUGUGGGUUAUUAGUGGGUUAUUACACAAUAUUACAGUAAAACAUGGCAAAUUCUUUUUUUUUAAAAAUUUUCUUUAUGCAUUUUCUCCCCUUUCUCUCCCUUGUAGCGCGUCCAAUCGCCCGAUUGCAUCAUGCUUCCUCUCCACCAAUGCCGAUCCCUGCUCUGAUUGAGGAGAGCGAAGCUAACCCACGCCCCCUCCGACAUGUGGGCAGCAUGCCGUAUGCAUCUUAUCACCUGCACUUUGACGAGUGCAGUGCAGCUCAGCACUGUGUAUGGAGAGACACACCCUGAGAGCACUCUUCUCAUCUCUGUGCAGGCGCCAUCAAUCAGCCAGCAGAGGUCGUAAUUGCACCAGUCAUGGGACAGAGACCCCAUCCGGCUUAGUCCCGCCCAUAUCUAAACAACAGGCCAAUCGUUGUUCAUGUGGCCGCUCAGCCUUAGCCGGCAGGCAGAGCUGAGAUUCGAUAUGAUGUAUUCGAGAUCCCAGCUCUGGUUUCAGUGUGUGUUUUUGCCGCAGCGCCACCUGAGCGGCCAACAUGGCAAAUUCUUGAUAUGCAAACUCAAUUUGCACCUUUCACUAAUAGCAGUCUGGAUGGUCCUUUUUAUCUUUGGCACAGAGAACUGGAUUUUUCCCCCAAAACAAGCUGAAGCUCAGUUCAUCUGAGAUGAGCUUGGGCCCAGAGAACUCGGCUGUGUUUCUGUAUAGAAUUGAUGUACGAUUUCCUAUUUGCAUAAUAGAGUUCAGAAUUGCAUUUCUUAAUGAAGCGGUGGGUUGGGUUAAGUGACAACUGUUUUCCGAAUUAAUCCCAAACCCAUGUGGCUAUAUUUAUCACAGUAGCAUGACGGUUUCUCAUGCAAUGCUGUCUCUGGCAGAACCGUGAUUGCCGGCCUUGCCGUACAUGGACUGACAUUUCUCCAGAUUCUUGCAUUUAUUUGCCGCUCAGGUGGCGCAGCGGUAAAACACGCUAGCACACCAGAGCUGGGAUUUCGAAUACAUUGUACCGAAUCUCAGCUCUGCCAUCCGGCUGGGCUGGGCGGCUAUAUGAACAACGUUUGGCAGUUGUUCAUCCAGGGAGGGAGCCAGAUAGGGACUCCUUAUAACUGAUGUAAUUACGACCUCUGCUGGCUGAUUGAUGGCGUCUGCACAGAGUAGAGGAAUAAUGCGAUCAGGGUGUGACUCUCCGUGCACAAGGCUGAUCCGCAUAUGAACUCGCCUCGUGCAGGUGAAAAGAUGCAGUCGGCUACUGCAUGUGUCAGACAGUCUCGUUUUCCUCAAUCAGCAGUGGAGAUCAGCAUCGUUAGAGAGGAAGCAUAAUGCAAUCGGGUAAUUAGAUACAACUAGAUUGGAAGGAAAAUUGGGAAAAUGCAAAAAAAAAACACAUUUAUUUUAAAUAAAAAAAAAUCAUAUUUUCAGUGUAUGAUUAACCUAAAUACCACAGAGACAUUUUUAUUCGUCUUUACCAAGGGUGACGAUCAUUCUGGAGCUGACAGUAUAUAAAGCAUUUAUCUACCAAAAUUAUGCACUUUUAGGUGAACCAGUACAGCAGCACUAUUGAAAGAUAUUAUAUACAGUAUAGCUUUAUUUUUAUAGGUUUGAAACUGAUAUAUAGUGGCAUGCCAAUGUUUGGCAACCCUGUCAAAAUUCUGUUACUGUUAAUAGCUAAGCAAGUAAAAGAUGACCUGAUUUCCAAAAGUUAAAGGGUAAACAUUUCAUUAAUAUCUAAAACAAAAUUAAUAAUUACAGUUUUUAAACAACUACGUAAAAAGGAAAAUUACCUAAAGCAAAAGUUUGGGCACCCUGCAUGGGCAGUACUUUGUACCACUACGUUGGCAAGUAUCACUUUUGUAAAUGCUUUUCUUUUGGGGGGAUUUUCACCCAUUCUUCAUGACAAAAGGCUUCUAGUUCUGAGAGGUUCCUGAACCAUUUUGUAUGCACUGUUUUUUCAAGGUUUUUCACUCCCUACCUUUCAUCCUAAUUAUCCUGUAGGACAGGGGUUCUAAACUGGGGGGCUGGGACCCACUAGUGGGCCUCAUUGAGCCCAGAGGGGGGUCUCAUUGUAUUUUACUGAGAGAAAAGUGAAAAUAAUCACACGUGAUUGGAUGGGGAAAUCAAUAGGCUGUUAGCAUACAGACGAUCUCUUGUGAUGUAAUAAAUCUAUUUUAAACUA